AUGUUCUGCGAGAAGGCCAUGGAGCUGGUCCGGGAGCUGCACCGCGCGGCUGAGGGAAGGCUGCCUGCUUUCAACGAAGAUGGACUGAGGCAAGUUCUGGAGGAGAUGAAAGCUUUAUAUGAGCAAAACCAAUCUGAUGUGAAUGAAGCAAAGUCAAGUGGACGAGGUGAUCUGAUACCAACCAUCAAGUUUCGACACUGUUCUUUGCUGAGAAAUCGGCGUUGUGCUGUAGCCUACCUGUAUGACCGGCUGCUUCGGAUUAGAGCACUCAGGUGGGAAUAUGGCAGUGUCUUGCCAAGUGCUUUACGAUUUCACAUGUCUGCUGAAGAAAUGGACUGGUUCAAUCGUUAUAAAAAGUCCCUUGCUACCUACAUGAGGUCAUUGGGAGGAGACGAAGGUUUGGACAUCACACAAGAUAUGAAACCUCCAAAAAGCCUAUAUAUAGAAGUGCGGUGUCUAAAAGACUACGGAGAAUUUGAAGUUGAGGAUGGUACUUCAGUGCUAUUAAAAAAAAAUAGCCAGCACUUUUUACCUCGGUGGAAGUGCGAGCAGCUGAUUAGACAAGGCAUUCUGGAGCACGUGCUGUCAUGA